AUGUCUCAACAAAUCCAUUUUGUGGAGACGAAACCCGGAACAGCUUUGGACUCUAGCCAAGUACGUGCGCUACGAUCACACGUGCGGAAGGUUAAUCUGGAGAGAUCGACACAGAAGAGCACCCGACGAUUGGAGAACUUUCGCUCCUUGACCAUCACCGAUUUCUCUGAGAGUGGGAAGGCGAAAGGUGCCAAGAAGAAACAAUCCAUCCAACUCAGUGUUACACAUCUCGAAACGGAAAUUCAAGACCUUCCAUGGGGAGAAGACCCGCUCCAGAAAUGCCCUCUUGCCCCUGACAGCCCUGAGAUCCCUACAAGAGCGUUCCAGUGCCUAUCGACUUCGUGCAACCUGUUCCUGCCAAAAUGGUGCAGUCGCAGCAGAUCGAGCUCGCAAGGUCCGCAAUCACAAAGCCCAAGCCAGCAUUCGUCCCCUGUCGAUUCUUCCCAGAGCGACGAAACCCAUCCGCAUGCAGCACGGAUAGCGAAUGCUACUGAUGUCGAUGAAGCGCGGAUCAACCAGCUGCUCAGAAGUUGCGCUUUCCGGAUAGCAACCGAACCUCUGCUCUCUUCCGAUGUCACCCAUGGCGACCUACUGGCACUCCCAUUAUCCGCGGAAUGCUUGUCCCACUCAGCAUUUCUGUAUGCCUUUCUUUACUCGAUCUUACAUAUUCACAACUCGUGCAUUGCAACGAACGAGUCUCUCGCCCUCAAGACGAAAGCGAUUGAGUGCCUCCGAGGAGAUCUCCGCAAGGAUGAUCCUAACAUUCGAGCCCUUACCAUUGGUACCAUACUACUGUUGUCAUGCGUCGCAUAUCAUUGCGGAGACCUUGCUGAAUCAACAGCACACUCCGAAGGCCUGUAUAAGCUCUUGGAGCACUGUCAUACGGAUGGCAUCCGCCUACGAGCUGAGGUACUUCGUGCAAUCUUCUGGCAGCAUCUUCUAGGUACUGCAUUGGUUUGUGACCAGCAUAGAUUCCUGCAGCCAGAUUUCCAAGUGUUCCUCAACCGCCCUCAAGACUUUCCUACCAUCAACGCACUGCCGCCAGUGCCUCCCGGAUUCGAGUUGCAUGAAGAAGUCAUCAGCCCCGAUGUGCUGUUGUCCGUCCGCAUCAUCCUUUACCUUCAAGACCAUACCAGACCCAGCACAUCCGACCCCGUCAUGAUCGAAGACCUACAAGCCCGUGUCGAAGCGCGACUAGUCUUCGACGAAAAAGCCAGCAAAGAGUUUGGUGCAAUAGCAGAAUGUUGCCGCGUUGCCGUCUACAUUGUCAGCUACAUCAGCAGCUCAUCGACGAGGAAAAGCGCUUUUGUGCCUCUACGCCUGGCGGAGAAGCUCCUUACCUUCCUUGAAAAGACGAACGAACAGGAUCUUUGGCGCUAUCGACGCGACUUGUUCUUGUGGCUGCUACUUGUGGGAUCCUCGGUAGGUAGAGGGCAGAACUGUUUUGCUGCCGAGCUUGCCACCCGCUACCAGCAAUUCAUUCAAAACGUCAAGAGAGAUGUCAGAAGUUGGAUCGACUCAAAGAACGGACCAGGAGCCAUACACAAUGUCAUGGAGACGUUCAUCUACGCCGAUGACUGGGUGGCGAAAAGACACCUGCUUCCAAGCUGGAGUGACCUCGAACGGACCGUCUUUUCGUCUGGGUCGAAAGAAGGUGACACCGACAUGGACACUGAAGCUUUACUCCAAGAGCUGGUGCAGAAUACUAACCACUUUGAGUGUGAACAUGCGGGUAUCCAAGACUACCCGACAGAGGAAGAGAAGAGACAGCACGUCCAACUCAGACUCAGAUACUUGUGGAACAACUUGCGGUCGCCACUCUAUGCAGAGACACCUUUCGCCAAGACCAUCAUCUACACCAAGGGUAGCGCGGCACUGGACUGGAAUCGCUUGGAAACUAGAUAUCGUGACUUCUACACAACCGAAGAGUAUCAAGCUCGAAAAGCCUCCGCAGGAUUAGCCGCAACGAGCGUUGGCCGGACCAGCAACAAACUCAAACGUCGCGACGGGCAGGAUCCCGAAAAUGCCACCUUCGAAAGCUCAGCCGAGGACUCAACACCGAAACGUCUGCGUCCAGAAGGUGGCCAGCAGUCAGGUCAAACGAUCCCUCCAUCCACGAGCCCCGUUGAAAGCAACAAUGGCGCAGAAUACAUUCAAAGCAAUCAGCCCCCUCACCUUUCAGCCAGCAUUCCGCCUCCUUUGAGCGGACUUGAGCGUAGGACUCGGCAAGAUGCCAUGCUGUCUGAUCUUGAGCUUGCCAAGCUUCCGAAAUUCAAACGCUUGGUAGGGAACGGCAUUUCAGACCAGAUAAACAGACGGAAGGAGGUGAUGAAGCUCGAAACCCAAUGGAUGAAAAUGUACAAGCAAGUUGAGCAAACAGUCGAAGCUUAUGUUCGAAGCUGGGGCCUCGACAGUCUCCACCCAAUCGUACUGGCACCAGAAUCUGCCUAUCCGCGAAAGCUGAAUCAUCUGGUGAGCCUGAUGCUCAGCGGCGGUAUGGUACGGGUUGAAUUCCGGCGCGAAACAUUUCAGUCCCUCAGAGACAACAGAGCCAUCACCUAUUCCUUCUUCAUCUGGCCACUGCUCAUUGCUGCAACAACAGAAUGGUGUCUUCGUCCUCACGUGGAAGAGGCCAGAAUCUACAAGAGCUACGGCGGAGGAGUGAUCCAGCAGGUGCUUGCGAGUUGCGUCGAGCCCGUGGUGGAAGCAAGACUUCGACAACAGUUUCUGGAGACCUACAUCGAGAGAGAGAUCAAACCACAUAUACCAUCAAAGGCAAAAGACAUGGCGACCACAUUCCAAGGAUUUAUUGACCUAAUAAUGCCUCGUCAGAAUACUCCAUAUCCCUUGCACGCUGUUUGCGACGUCAAGUCUUGCCCGAGGACUGACCCGAUCCAUCCCGACACCCCCGUCCGUGGGUUCACGCUUCUUGAAGAAUCAGUGGAUCGCAUCAAUUUCAGGGAAGAUCUACGCAAUGUUUUUGAGACGGCUCUCCAGUGGCGCGCCGAGAGAGAUCAGACGAUGUUUGAGAGAUAUGAUAUCAGCUUUCCUAGCCUCGGGGAUGAAUACGUUGCAAGUCAGAUGGUGGAAGAGGAAGAUAGCGAAGGGAACAAACGCGCCAGACCGGUCAUUCUCUGCCUUCUCCCAGUCCUGUUUCGAUCCUUUUCGAGGAGAAUACUUGGCGAAAAUGAGCCUCCGAAAAAGGUGGUCAGCGGGAUUGUACUCUAG